CACUGGCAGUCUGGCAGCAUGGCUUUCGGCAAGAGUCGGGGCCAGCACAGACAUGGUUUUCUGUUUUUGCCUGAUACUUUCCUUGGACCGCCAAGGACAAGUAGCUAGGUACUGGGAGGGAGACAAGCUGCGUUGUUCUCACAGAAAAUUCUGGCUCUGUAUCUUCAGAAGACGAAGUACAGGGGCUGCGCGGCGGGCUUGCAAGCUCUUUUGUGGGAGACCACUGCUUUUAAGGAGAAACCAUGGCGGGUAGCUCCAGCUGCUCAAUGCAUUUGGCUCUGUGGGCUACGCUGCUCUUUAGCGUGCUCUUAGGCUGGGGGGGCGCGGCGGCUUUCAACGUUACUUACCUCCAGGGAUGCGAUGUUUCCAACAACCUGACCCAGCUGUGGCUGAAUGGCACAGGCCUCAGGGGGCCAAUCCCCCCCGAGAUUGGCAAGUGUACGGCGCUGCAAGUUCUCAGCCUGAGCAAUAAUUCAAGGGUGAAUGGGUCCAUUCCGCCGGAGAUUGGGCAACUGACAAAUCUUAGGACCCUGGACUUGGGGAGCACCGGCCUCAGUGGGCCUAUACCCUCAGAGAUUGGCAACUGCACAGCGCUGCAAGUUUUGACCCUGCGGAGCGCCUAUAAGGUGAAUGGCUCCAUUCCCGGGCAGAUUGGGCAAUUGACCAACCUCACUACCCUCGAUUUGGGGAGCACCAGCCUUACUGGGCCUAUUCCAGAGGAGAUUGGCAACCUGCCUAGUCUCCAGGCACUGGAACUGGCGUUUAGCUCUGUGGGGGGCUUCAUACCAUGGGACGCUCUUUGUUCAAAGACAAACCUCUCGCUGCUAUUGCUCAACUCUACGGAGGUUGAAGGGCCCAUCACGCGCGAUAUUGGCAAGUGCACGGCGCUUAAGUACCUUUCCUUGACUGGCAACACCAAGGUGAACGGCUCCAUUCCCGUGGAGAUUGACCAGCUGGGUAAGCUAACAAAGCUUGAUCUCAGUGGCACGAACCUCAGUGGACCUAUCCCCAGUGCGUUUGGCAACGUCUCCAGCCUUGAGGUGCUAUUUCUGAAUGAUAAUAAUUUGACAGCACCGGUACCUUGGGAAGCCCUCUGCCAGCUUGCAAAGCUGUAUUCUUUGAACCUAGGCGGCAACUCGCAGCUCAAAGGUCCGCCCCCCCCACCUUGUGUGUGGAGCUUAACACGCCUGCGGAGCCUGGCGCUAACCGACAGCCCAGUGUUUGGGGGAACCCCGCUCCCUUUGGACUUUUGCCAGCUCGUCAAGCUGGAGUUUCUGUAUCUUGGGUCUACUAACCUAAGUGGCACAAUACCCCCUUGCUUAGGCAACAUGCCAGGGCUCAGAGCGUUGGGUUUGUCUGCAAAUCGGUUAGUGGGGCCCAUUCCCUCCGAGCUUGGCUCGCUCCGCAACCUUACCCUCGCAACACUCAAAGACAACAACCUGACCGGAAACAUUCCAGAGGAAUUCAGCGAUUUGGCCCAGUUAGUCUGGUUGAACAUUGCUAACAACCAACUUUCUGGCCCGUUGCCCGCCAAGGUGUUUGAAGGCCUCCGGCAACUCAUCUCUUUAGACCUGUCCAACAACAGUCUUACGGGGCCUAUUCCCACUGAGAUAGGCGCCAGCGGAGAGGCGUUUGACUUCCUCAGCCUGGCGCACAACAACCUCUCCGCAGUCAUUCCCCCGGGUCUUGGUAACCUCUCCAACCUAACCUACCUGGAUCUGAGUUACAACCAGCUGUCAGGCGAGCUCCCCGUGGAGCUGAGGGCACUCCGCCCCUCCAAGUUGGGCCACAUCAACCUCCGGCACAACAACCUGACUGGGGGGGUGGGCCCUAUCGGCCACCUCACAGCCCUAUCCGUGAUUGCCCUCGACAACAACAAUUUCAGUGGGCCUAUUCCCACCGCGUGGUUCAACAGUACCGAGCUUGGGACGCUCAUCCUCUCUUUCAACAGCUUCUCCGGGCCCAUCCCCUCAGCCAUUCGCAACAUGCGGCCCCCCAACAUCGCCGAAGUGUUGGCUCUAUUCACCGGCGUUCCUGCCUCCCAAUUCAGCCUCGUGGAGGAGAUCUUUGGGUCUAUCACCAUAAGCCUCGACUCCAACCAGCUCUCCGGCAGCUUCCCAGACAUAGGCCAAAUCAACGUCACCGCCAUAAUUUUCAAUGCUUCCGACAACAAGCUUUCGGGUACGUUCCGUGCGGGGCCCUUCAAAAAGAAAAAUUUUACGGCGAGCUACUUAGAGCUGAGCAACAAUGGCCCCCUCGAGCUCCUCCCCGGGUACAACCUGAGCGGGUGGGAGCUGGUCUCCCUCCCCAAUAUAUCCUCCCAGGGGGAUCCCCUCGUCGCGCCGGACAUGCGGGCGCUGACAAUUGCGGGGCGCGGCAUCCCCCCCAGCAAGAAACUAGACCUGGCGAGAAUCCCCGCCACGUGCCCCUAUGUAUCUUACGCCAACGGCAACGUCAACGACAUCAGCUUCUGGGACGCGUGCGACAAGUCUUUUGGAUGCGUUGUCAACCUCAUUGGCACGGGCUCAAAGCUCAGCCGCGCGACGCGUGAAAGGGUAUGCCUGGGCAAGAUCUCGGUCUUCUUGGAGGGCGACUCGCCGAGAGUCCAAUUCACAGCCUCGGGAGGCACGGGGUCCGCAUUCCUGGUGAACCGGCAGGGCAGCGUCUACUUCAACGACUCUGCAUUUGUCAACAAGCUCGACUUGGGCCCGGGCGGCGUGACUUAUACCGGUGUCGACUUUCCACGCGUCCAACGAGGCAACCUGUGCCGCAACGAGGAGGCGGCGGAGGUGGUGGGCAUCACCUAUGGCGUCUUCGCAGCGCUUAUUCUGGCCAGUGCUGCCGCGUGGUGGUGCGCCAGGGCCUGGGGCGUUUUCGAUAAGACGGGCGGCAAGCUUUCGCCUCGGAUUGCGCGUGGACUCGGCGCGGGCGCCUACCUCUGGGGCGUCGCGGGCUUCUUUGUAUCCUGGGGCGAUCUGGUGUCCGACGUCCAAGUGGUGGUCGAGAUCUGGGGGGUGUGGUCCGCCUGGGUGAUUCUGGGACUGAUCCUCGCGCCGUUUCUCCUGAGCGCGCUGUAUGCCGGGCGCGUGCUCUUGGAAGGUUCUGACUACCGUUGGUCCCUUUCGGAGGCGCGCUUCAAGUGGAUCCCCUUCUACAACCUGCCCGACCCCACUGAUCCCCUGCCUCUGAGCGCCCUCCCUUUGUGGAAAUACCCUCUCGUCCCACUCGCGCUCCCUGUCACUGUCGUAUACGUCAUCAUACUGGACCUCCUCGACCUGCUCGACAAGAUCGGCGCCCACCUGCGCUUCGGCCCCACCGUUUACUCUCUCCACGCCUACUCCGAGUUCCGGUCGCAAGCGGACCUGACGCUCCGCUCCAUCCCGCAAGCGGUGUUCCAGACGACGCUCUACCUGCUGGGCAGCUCGCGCGCCACGCGCAUCUACAUCGACGAGCAGAUCCUGUUCCGGUCCGUUGUGCUGUCGCUGCUGAACGUUUUCAUCCGGUUCAACUUCCUGGCGCACGAGCACCUCACGACGCGCGUCCCGGUGGGGACCAUCCUGCAGAGGCGCUUUGCGGCGCGCAACUGCCGCGCGACCGCGCUGCGUGCCUUGGGCGACGACGAUGAGAAGGUCGAUGAGCAUAUCUUUGAGAAGAUCGAGGAGCUGUAAUUGCAUUUGUACAUGCUUUCUAAAAUAUUGUAACAACAAGGCUCUCCGGCUGCGUAUAGGGUGUUUAAGCUGAAGAUCAUCAUUGUGAUUGCACAGAACGGAAGCCUGUCAGCACCCCGCCUAGAGUUGAUGCCGUGCUAGGAGAGUCAUCAGAGUGGCUGCGCUAGUAGCAUCCAUUAACUACUUCAGACGAACCGGACUUGAAGUUGGACGGUCGUGUAGGGGUCACGAGUUUGGCUAGACUCAAUCAAGCGCAGCCCUAAACAUAUUACUGGUGUCUAGUCUGUUCAACUAUCCGUCUAAUGAGUCCGUCUCCAAUUUCGCAUAAAGCUUCUGCGCUAAGUUUGGCAGGGCCCCUUGAUUUAUCCUAUACCGCAUUGGUUCAUGGAUUUUAGAGCAGAUGUACGUCUUACUACCGUAGAGACUUCGACGAUGUUCCUGCGUGAUCCAACCGUCCAAC